AUGUCAUUCUCAGUCGAAACAACACCUAAUCAUUACACUGAAUAUGAAAUCUUUUCUUCCACUCGAUUUAACCAACUUGGCCAACAAUUGCUUUCUUUAAUCAAUCCAAAACAUGGAACAAAACCAACUGAAGCGGAACCAGAAUCAGAACCAAAUACGCGAAACGUGAUUCAACAACCCUCCGAUCUUUGUCGAAGGCAUCAACAGCAGCCAGCGUAUUAUUUUGCCAAUCAAGAUAUUCUCAGUCAAAUCACUGACAGUUUUCUUUCACAUAAAUCAGUCUUACCAUUCACAGCACCACCAAUCAAUAACCCUAAGGAUGGCGAUGAACAAAUCACUUCAUCCGUUCUCGAUUGGCAAACGAAUAAACAACCAAAAGAUUCAUCUCAGUAUCUUUCCUCGCAGAUCAUAACAAUCGUACAGUGUCGUUUAAAAGUUACUAGUGCCAUGUCAUCGUCAUCUAAUCGACCUGGACGGCACGCCGUCCGUCUAUUUAUUGACUAUCAACAACAUAAACAAAUGGAUACAUUUCUAGAUAUCGUCAACGAAGCACUCCUACUCGAUCAUGACACGAUUAAAACACUAUGGGAUAUCAAAGGUCAACAAAUAACUGAUCCAAUAGAUUUACUACGUCGUGGUCGAUUGUAUUUUGCCUCGCGUGAUGAAGAUAUGGUUCUUGAUGAAUGUAAUGUGACUGAUGAAGAUAUUGCCUCCAUCAAUCGACUGGAAACAGUUCGUCAUCAAUUGCGUCAACAAGCAUAUUUUAUUGAUAAGCCUUCUUCGGUUGACAGAGCACGUAGCACAUCUCGACGAAGUACACCAUUUCAUGUAGACGAUCGUCGUUCAUCGUCAGUGCACGGACAACAGGCGACAGAUCUUGAUUUGCAAACAUGUCCAGAAGUCUUAUUACGCCAUUACAGUGUGGGUGAUGUAUUAGGUGAUGGAAGAUUCUCUUGUGUUUACGAAUGUCGAGAUAAGGCAACAGGAAUUCAGUUAGCUUUGAAGAUUAUUGAUAAAACAAAAUGUGAAGGAUACGGAUAUCUUAUCGAAAAUGAAUUGGCCAUUCUACGACGUGUCAAACAUCCAAAUAUAAUUAAACUCGUAGAAGAAUUUCAAACAGAUCUCCAAUAUUUCCUCGUCUUCGAAUACGUAUCAAACGGUGAUUUAUUAACUGCUGUAACAACCAUGAAUAAAUACAGUGAGCAUGAUGUUGCGUUAAUGUUGAGUCAAAUUGCUGCUGCAUUAAAGCAUCUGCAUUCAUUGAAUAUCGUCCAUCGCGAUGUCAAAUUAGAUAAUAUUUUGAUUGCAAAUCAUUCUGAUCAAAGUGUCACAUUGAAAUUGGCCGACUUUGGUUUAGCACAUUGUUUAACGGACGAAAUACCGACAGUAGCACCGAAACAUGAAGAAAGUGGUUUGUGUGGUACUCCGAUGUAUCUCGCGCCUGAAGUGAUUGAAAAUAGAGAUUAUCGAAUUGAAAAUGACAUGUGGUCAUUGGGUAUCAUCACAUUUACUCUUCUGAGUGGUUUGGCACCAUAUGAUGGAGAUAACGAUGAUGAAAUUAUAUUUAAUGUGAUCAAUCAUACUAUUGAUUUUAAUCUCUUACCGAAAAUCUCCAUGGAAUGUCGAGAAGCUCUCGCAUCAAUGCUUGAACGUGAUCCAACAAAACGAAUCAGUGCUAACGAAUUAUUACAACAUCCAUGGAUCAAACGAGAAAUGCAAAAACGACUCGAACCAAUACAUCAUGAUUCAUUUACACGACGUCGAAAGAAAGGAGGAUCACAACAGCCAUUGCUUACUUUUUCUUCUGUUGAAACUCCACAUUCGAUUCAAGCAUCGAAAACAGGCGGCUUUAUGGGCGAUAUUAAUGAACUAUGA